AUGGAGGCUGAGCGGCAGCCGCGCCGCUGUGCUGCAGUCGGAGGCACACAGUUUGAGACAAGAGUCGGAGCCCAGUCUCGUGUAGUGCGGGGUGCCUGGAGUGUGGAGCGCGCGGUCCCACGGCCCCUGGCCCUGCUGCAGGUCCAGGUACCGCUCCGGCACGUUCCGCCCACGAGCGCCGCUGGAGCCCAGCUGGAGUCUGGAGUCAACAACCUCGGACUGGCUCGGCGCGGCUCGGCGCUGCUCAGCUCCUCCACGCCAUGCCGUGGCUGCGCUCUGCCCGCGGGCCUGCCAGGGCCUUGGCGGGCAAACUGCUCGCCCGGAGGUUCCCGCUGCCAGCACCAGCGGCGCGCUGCGACCGAGCGUCCCCUUGUUCCUCCGUCUCGGCCCGCCCCCCCACCCGCCCUUGUUCCUCCGUCUCGGCCCGCCCCCCCACCCGCCCUUGUUCCUCCGUCUCGGCCCGCCCCCCCACCCGCCCUUGUUCCUCCGUCUCGGCCCGCCCCCCCACCCGCCCUUGUUCCUCCGUCUCGGCCCGCCCCCCCACCCGCCCUUGUUCCUCCGUCUCGGCCCGCCCCCCCACCCGCCCUUGUUCCUCCGUCUCGGCCCGCCCCCCCACCCGCCCUUGUUCCUCCGUCUCGGCCCGCCCCCCCACCCGCCCUUGUUCCUCCGUCUCGGCCCGCCCCCCCACCCGCCCUUGUUCCUCCGUCUCGGCCCGCCCCCCCACCCGCCCUUGUUCCUCCGUCUCGGCCCGCCCCCCCACCCGCCCUUGUUCCUCCGUCUCGGCCCGCCCCCCCACCCGCCCUUGUUCCUCCGUCUCGGCCCGCCCCCCCACCCGCCCUUGUUCCUCCGUCUCGGCCCGCCCCCCCACCCGCCCUUGUGUCUCGCCCCUUCAAGCAAAUGACUAGCUCUCCCUUCGUUUCUUUUCUUAAAAGAAACAUAGAGAAAGAAUGUGAAGUUCAACAUAAAUUUCUCAACCUUUCGAAAUAUCAGUGA